AUGGAGUUCACGUCGCAGACGUCGCUGGCCAGCAGCGCGGCCAGCACGCUGCCCGAGCGGUCGGCCCUGAGCGGGCCCGGCGCCGCCGGCGACAGCGACAUCGAGAAGUACGCCAAGGACAAUCUGAACCUGCACAAGCGCGGCAUCUUCCGCAAGAAGAACACCGUGCGUGACAUGCUCUCCUGGUCUAAGGACCCAAUCAGUCAGCCGAUGAUCGCCACGCUGGACAAGGCGCUGAAGCGGGACGCCUGCGAGGUGUACAAGCUGGUGCAGAUCUACAUGGGCGAUCGCAAGGCCAAGCCGGGCAUGACACUGAACAGUGUGGGAGCCGAGCUGGCCGGGCUCGGCUGGAGCAAACCGGGCCUGCGUGACGAGGUGUACGUGCAGGUGUGCCGCCAGACGACCGAGAACCCGCGGCGCGACAGUCUGCGCCGGGGCUGGGAGCUGCUCGCCAUCUGCCUGCAGUUCUUCCCGCCGUCGGACAAGUUCGUCAGCUUCCUGGACGGCUACAUCCAGCGGCACCGCGACCCGGCGCUCGACCAUCCCGAGCUGGCCAAGUGGCCCGUGCAUUCGCUGAUACAAGUACAGAUCUCCCACUAUGCCAAAAUAUGCUGCCAAAGACUGGAACGGAACCUCGGCAAACGGAACAACCGCAAGCCCAGCUUAGAGGAGAUUGACCAGGCACGGUUUCAGAUAUUCCGCUCCAGCAUGUACGGCAGCACGCUGCAGGAGGUGAUGGCGAUCCAGCGGGAUCGCUUCCCGCACCGGCGGCUGCCCUGGAUCAUCACCACGCUGACCGAGGAGGUGCUGCGGCUGCAGGGCGCGCAGACCGAGGGCAUCUUCAGGGUGCCGGCGGACGCGGAGGAGGUGCUGAACCUGAAGCUGCGCACCGACCAGUGGGAGGUUCCCGAGUGCUCUGACGCGCACGUGCCGGCGUCGCUGCUGAAGCAGUGGUACCGCGAACUGUGGGAGCCUCUGAUUCCCGACCGAUUGUACGCCAACUGCAUCGAACAUUGCGGCCAGCCGCUGCCGCUGCUGGAGCUGGUGCAGCAGCUGCCCGAGAUCAACCGGCUGGUGCUCACCUACCUGGUCCGCUUCCUGCAGCUGUUCAGCCGGCCGGAGGUGGUGCAGCAGACAAAGAUGGACGCCAGCAACUUGGCCAUGGUGUUCGCGCCCAACGUGCUGCGCUGCCGCUCGCAGGAGUCGCACGUGGUGCUCGAGAACGCGCGCAAGGCCAUGGCCUUCAUGAAGACUCUCAUCCAGCACAUGGACACCAAGUGUAUGGAGGGCGUGGUCUGAGCGGCACGGCACGCCGGGACCGGCGCACACCAAAGAGGCGGCGCGCGGCCACCUAGUCACGGGCAUCGCGCCCCGCCGCCGCCGCGUCCGGCCGGCAGGCGGACGCUGGACGCCGCCGGAGCGUCGCCCCCGACCGGCAGCGGGGUGGUGCGGUGCCGGGCCGCACCGCCGCCGGCGCCGCCCGCCGCCCUGUUGCUCGAUCUUCAUUUUUUACGCAGAUAAUCGAGU